AUGUCGGCCCAAGUAGCAAGUCAGAAGAAGCAGCAAGAUCUGCAAACGCAGUAUGGCGUCUACAAGAAUACUCUGCAACAGAUCGCACAGAAGAUUGGCGACGUAGAACAAGAAGCCGAAGAACACAAGGGUGCACAUGAUGGAUUCCUUCUUCACGUCCUCAAAUCGGAUCUCACUCCGCAUGCCGUCAUCGCCAACUUUGCCUCUAUCACACCGCUCUUCACUUCGUUCCUUCGAAGGCUUGUUUUGGAGACCUUGCAACCGCUGUCCGAGGACCGGAAGUGCUUCCGCCUCAUCAACGGGGUCCUCAUGGAGCAGACGGUCAAGGACGUCAUGCCUGCCCUGACGACCAACUCGGAAGGUCUGAAGAAGGUCCUGGAAGACCUAGUCAAGCAGUACAAGGCUAAGCAGGACGAGCUGGAGAAGUGGAAGAAGAAGAACAAUGUUCAGGUUGUCCAGAACUGA